AUGCCUACAAUUGUUGUCUCAUCUCCAAAAGCUGCCGAGCUGUUCCUCAAAACACACGACCUUGCGUUUGCUAGCAGGCCACCCCAUGAAGGUGCAAAGCACAUCUCUUUUGGGCAGAGGAACUUGAGAUUUGCUGAAUAUUGUUCAUAUUGGUGCGACAUCCGAAAGAUGUGCACCCUUGAGUUGCUCAGCAACCAAAAAAUCAACUCCUUCAAGUCCAUGCGGAUAGAAGAGGUUGCGCUACGUGUUGAGGCUAUUCGUGCCGCUGCGAAUUGUGGAAGUAUUGUUGGAGAACAAUCCGAAUAA